AAGUGCCUGCGCUGAUUGCUGACGUGAGCGGCUCGAUCCUGAGAAGUUCGGCGGUGCAGUGGCACUGAGGUGGUGGUGCGACUCGGCUGGUGCGCGGCAGCUGGUGAGACAUCUGACACCUGCGAACAGGUCCUAUCUCGGCGCGAUGAAGAGCUCGCUGCUGCUGCUGCUGGCCGGCCUGCUGUUCGUCUCUGCCAGCGACAGCAGCGAAGAUGGUGAGGACGACAUUGUCGACUUGUACAGCAAGGACAGCGCCGUGGUGCACAUGGACCACUCCAACUUCGAGCGGCUGCUGCACGGCCAGCACCACGUCUGGGCCGUCGAGUUCUACAACAGCUGGUGCGGCCACUGCCAGCUGUAUGCGCCCACCUGGCUGAGGAUCGCUCAGCAGACCGCCAACUGGGGCUCUGUGUUGAAAGUGGGCGCCAUCAAUUGCGCCCGCUCCCAGAACCUGGCCAUCUGCCGGAACUACGACGUGGGCGGCUACCCGUGGGUGAAGCUGUUUGCGCCGAUGGCCAAGGAGGGCGACAUGGGCGAGAAGGUGUCGCACAAACUGCAGGAGGAGAUGCUGGAGCUGUUGGUGAACCACGUCACCGACCUGCAGGCUAGGACCCACCCGCCCGGCUGGCCCAACCUGGCCCCGUUCAGCGGUUCUCUGUCGGAGUUUCUGUCGUCGCCGGAGCCGCUGCACGCCCUGGUGGUCGAGGGCUCUGCCAACAGCAGCGUCGGCAGACAGGUGGCGCUCGACCUGAGCGUGCACCGGCAGCGGCUGCUGGUGGCUCGCACCGCGCUGCCGCCGCUCGGACUGCGGCCCACAGAGACGGCCCGACCGCUGCUGGUCACAUUCCGGGACGGACAGCCCCAGACGGAGCUCGUGUCGCGCGACGGACUGCCGCCGCGCAAGCUGUUCUCGGACGCGCUGCGCCGGGCUCUGGGCGUUACCGACAGCGAGCAGCCGCCGGACGGCCCGCGGACGGCACGGACGGACGGCCAGGCGCCGGCGGCGGCCGCCGAGCCGGGCCGGGGCACGGCCGUGUCGGCCGGAGACGCCGUCUACAUGGUCGACCUGGAGAACGCCGUGGGGUACGCGCUGCGACAGGAGGUCGCCGGCAAAAAGGACAUCUCCGGGGAGGCCCUGUCCGCGCUGAGAAACUUUGUCGAAAUGCUCAUCAAGUAUCUGCCCGUCAGGAAGUCUGUCACAGAGGCCGUCUCUGAACUGAAGAUGUUCCUUAAAGGCAAGAAGAGGGUGGGCGGCGCCGAGAUUCAGCGUCACCUGGAGAAGGCGCGGAGCCCGCUGCCGCCGCACCGGCCGUGGCAUGGCUGCAGGGGCUCCCGGCCGGGCUUCCGGGGCUACACGUGCGGCCUGUGGUCGGUGUUCCACGCGGCCACCGUGCAGGCGCACCAGCUGGAGGAGAGCAACACCGUCAGCAUCCUGCCGGCCAUACACGGCUACGUCAAACACUUCUUCAGCUGCGCGCACUGCUCACAGCACUUCCAGGAGAUGUCUGCCAAGGAGGGUCUGUUUAACGUCACACACACCAACGAGGCCAUGAUCUGGCUGUGGCGCGCGCACAACAUCGUCAACAAGCGGCUGGCCGGAGACGCCACCGAGGACCCGCAGCACCCCAAGGUGCAGUUCCCCACCCAGACGCAGUGCCUGGCCUGCUUCUCCGGAGACACCUACUUCGAGCCCAUCAUCAUCUCGUUUCUGCACAGCUUCUACGGCAAGGAGGCGAUGAAGCUGGACUCCCUGACGGAGGACGAGGCGGCGGCGGCGGCGGCGGCCGGGGGACUCCGGCCGGCGGCGGCGCUGCCGGCCGCCGGCGCCCGGAACCGCGUGGAGCUGGUGUCGCGGGUGCUGGGCCGCAGCGGGUCGUCGGAGGGCGCGGCCGCCUCGGGUCUGCUCAGUGGCUCCGACAUCAGUCUCUGCGUCCUCCUCUGGGUCUUCAGCUUCGUCACCCUCGUACUCGCCUUCUUCCUUUUCAAAAUGAAGAAAACGUAUAAACGGAAACACUCAAAGGACUACAGGUCAUUUUUCAAGUGAUGUCCGAGCGGGGUAGUAAAUGUUAUAUUUUUGGCAACUGGUAUUAGUUGGGAUGGGGUUUGUGCUUUCAAGGGGUGCGUCGCCCGUAGGCGUAAUGCAUCUCCUUGGAUCUUACCGGGUUCGAACUUGGAAGACAUUCAUCUGAGGAUAUUUUUUACCCUGUCUAUGUCCCCCUGUCGUGGUGGUCCUGUCCUCUCUGUGCCGUCCAUUAUUUGGUGUACGGGAACACUCUCCAGCUGCCCCCGGCUCCACUUUUGGAGCUCGAGGCGCAGCUCCUCUCUCACAAUUCGCGGUGGGAGGGCCUUAGUGACAUUCAGGGCUCCGCUCGUGGUUGUGUCGGUGCCGGCUGUCGUCCGAAGUCUAUUUAACAGAGUGACAUCGUAAGUCCGCUAGCACUGUCGUGUCAGAAGGACACUAUGAUCCUCUAUGCAUAUGAAAUAUUGACGCUUCGUUCAGGGCACGUAGCUUGGGAAUAUUGCUGUGCGUACCGACUUGGUACCUAAAAUAUGAUAUUCGUUGAUUCUAUGCAUCCGUGCUGCAAGAUAACUACAAUGUAUUAUUUUUAUUAGAAUUAACAAUUUAACCAUACAGCACAGUAGUUAACCAGCGUUAGGUUAACUAGAGCGAGACACGAGCCAAUCUGCCACUUGCUCGUUGCAAAACAUUCGUCCUAUCGUUUUGUUGAUGGUGUGGCUUUUCUGGACUAAUCUUGGAGUAAUGACUCCGUGCCCCAUGCGCUGGCUGAAAUCACGAAACUUAUGGCCUCAGAGCGCGAUUUGCUUGCGGUCAUUUUUUUCUGUUGGACUUCAAAGCUCUAUUAUGGCAUUGUUUUUGUUGAUUUCUUUUUAUUGGCUCGUUGAAUGAUCCGAAUGCAUAUAUUUUUACAUUCCAUGAGCUGUCUGAGAUUGACUGAGAUCUGGUGAGGUGUUUCCGUGUAUGUUAACGAGUGCGUCACAGCUCUGUUCGUCAUGUGCUAGCACAUCAUAUGAUGAUAUGCGUACCUGUCGCGCUUUGAGGUCAGGCCCGCGCCAGAAUAUGUGAUAUUUCUGUUAGUUGGUGAUGGCGCUUCGGAUGAGUUAAGUUUUAUGUCAGAAUGCUAGGUUUUAUGGUUCUCGUGUGAUUUUAUGAAGAAUAAACUAUGGUCGAUGGCGUGUACA